AUGGCCCCUACACCGAGUGGGGCCCCCGGACGAUGGCCCCCUACACCGAGUGGGGCCCCGGACGAUGGCUCCUACACCGAGUGGGGCCCCGGACGAUGGCCCCCUACACCGAGUGGGGCCCCGGACGAUGGACCCCUACACCGAGUGGGGCCCCGGACGAUGGGCCCCGGACGAUGGCCCCCUACACAGAGUGGGGCCCGGACGAUGGCCCCCUACACCGAGUGGGGCCUCGGACGAUGGCCCCCUACACAGAGUGGGGCCCGGACGAUGGCCCCCUACACCGAGUGGGCCCCGAACCAUGAUCCCUACACCGAGUGGGGCCCCGGACGAUGGGUCCUACACCGAGUGGGGCCCCGGACCAUGGCCCCUACACCGAGUGGGGCCCCGGACCAUGGCCCCUACACCGAGUGUGGCCCCGGACGAGGUCCCCUACACCGAGUGGGGCCCCGGACGAUGGCCCCGUACACCGAGUGGGGCCCCGGACGAUGGCCCCCUACACCGAGUGGGGCCCCGGACGAUGGCCCCGUACACCGAGUGGGGCCCCGGACGAUGGCCCCUUACACCGAGUGGGGCCCCGGACGAUGGGUCCUACACCGAGUGGGGCCCCGGACCAUGGCCCCUACACCGAGUGGGCCCCGGACCAUGGCCCCUACACCGAGUGGGCCCCGGACGAUGGCCCCCUACACAGAGUGGGGCCUGGACCAUGGCCCCCUACACAGAGUGGGGCCCCAGACGAUGGCCCCCUACACCGAGUGGGCCCCGGACGAUGGCCCCUUACACCGAGUGGGCCCCGGACCAUGGCCCCCAACACAGAGUGGGCCCCGGACCAUGGCCCCCUACACAGAGUGGGCCCCGGACCAUGGCCCCCUACUCAGAGUGGGGCUGGGACCAUGGCCCCUACACCGAGUGGGGCCCCGGACGAUGGGUCCUACACCGAGUGGGGCCCCGGACCAUGGCCCCUACACCGAGUGGGGCCCCGGACCAUGGCCCCCUACACAGAGUGGGCCCCGGACCAUGGCCCCCUACACAGAGGGGGCCCCGGACGAUGGCCCCGUACACCGAGUGGGGCCCCGGACGAUGGCCCCCUACACAGAGUGGGCCCCGGACCAUGGCCCCUUACACCGAGUGGGGCCCCGGACCAUGGCCCCCUACACAGAGUGGGGCCUGGACCAUGGCCCCCUACACAGAGUGGGGCCCCAGACGAUGGCCCCCUACACCGAGUGGGCCCCGGACGAUGGCCCCUUACACCGAGUGGGCCCCGGACCAUGGCCCCCUACACAGAGUGGGCCCCGGGCCAUGGCCCCCUACACCGAGUGGGGCCCCGGACCAUGGCCCCCUACACAGAGUGGGCCCCGGACGAUGGCCCCUACACAGAGUGGGCCCCGGACCAUGGCCCCCUACACAGAGUGGGCCCCGGACGAUGGCCCCUACACAGAGUGGGCCCCGGACCAUGGCCCCCUACUCAGAGUGGGGCUGGGACCACGGCUCAAACAUUGA